AUGGAAAAUAGAAUAGCCAACGAGGCUGAAGUGUCCUUAUCAAAAAGAACCUCGUGCAUGUCCAAGCCAAUCCAGUCUCCUCGUCUGGAACUGGUUCCUAUUUUGGGUGACUACCCCUUAAAGAUUGAAGAGGAACGGGGAAUCUUACGGAUAUACGGUAGGGGUGAAGGUCUGACACACGAAGACAAGGCCCAGCAAGUCGACAACCAGCGUGACAUCACCAUAGUGUUGUAUUCAGCACAGAUACAAUUGCGUAAGAUACUCAAUCAGGUCCCCAUGUACCUAUUCCCCUUAUGGAACCAUCCACCACACAACUUCCCAGCUGGCGUAUACGAACCUCCAUUCGGUAGAGAGGCGUCAACAGGCAUACCUUCGUUUCUCAAUUGGCUAUAUAACUGGCUAAACGUGAGUAAAGCGAUGGGUGUGGAUUGGGAUGAUUAUAACGAUCCUUCCCCAGAUCUAAAUAUUACUAGGCUACGAGCGAAAUACUAUGGUGCAGAAACAAUCAUUACUCGACCAUACCUACACUACGAAUACCAUUGCCCAGAAGCCGACCGAGAUGUACCGAGCAUGGAAUUACAUCAAAUCUCGAAAAGAGAGCUUGACGGCUUCAAAGUCAUGCUUGCAUGUGGUCCUUGAUCCGGAGUACCAAAGCUUUCGACGGUAUUCGAACACGUCCAAAG